GAUCAAUGCCGUGAAAUACAAGUUUAGGACCCCGUGAAGUCUUGAACCCUCUGAUCGCUCAGGCGCACCGAGGGCAGUUCUUGUGGGGUCCUCGUAGCCAACCAAGAUGGCUGCCUCUGCGCUGAAGGUGGUACGAUCCUGGUCCGGAUUGGCUCCGGGAGUCACUUUCGCUGUCUGGAGUAUUCCAAGGCAAACCCAGGUGCGGUGGAGCCGCUAUAGUCCUGAAUUCCGAGAUCCCCUGACUGAUAAAGAACAUUACCGCAAGCCCGUGGCUGGGCUCACCGAAGAGGAGAAAUAUGAAAAGGAGCUCAAAAAGACUCAGCUCAUCAAAGCAGCCCCAACGACGACAACAUGCUCUGUGUUUGCAGACCCAGUGAUCAGUAAAUUCACCAACAUGAUGAUGAAAGGUGGAAAUAAAAUACUGGCGAGAUCCCUCAUAACCCAGACUCUGGAAGCUGUGAAAAGGAAGCAGUUCGAGAAGCACCGCACAGCUUCUGCAGAGGAACAAGCAAUCAUCGAACGUAAUCCCUACAUCAUCUUCCACCAAGCACUGAAAAACUGUGAGCCUGUGAUUGGCCUCGUACCCAUCCUCAGGGGUGGUCAUUUCUACCAGGUCCCUGUGCCCCUAGCUGACCAACGUCGCCGCUUCCUGGCCAUGAAGUGGAUGAUCACUGAGUGUCGAGAGCAUAAGCACCGGCGGAUACUGAUGCCAGAGAAGUUGUCACAUGAGCUGCUACAGGCUUUUCACAAUCAGGGCCCUGUGAUCAAGAGGAAACAGGAAAUGCACAAGAUGGCUGAGGCCAACCGUGCCCUCGCCCACUACCGCUGGUGGUAGAAACUAGGAGAAGCCCAAGGCCCUGUGUCCUUCUGAAAAGUACCUGUGUGUUAAGGAUGUAGUUCUUUUCUGAGAACAACAGGGCAGCAUGUUUAUUGUCCAUUUACCCUUUCUCAUUGGAGGCAGCACAGGCUCCGUGUGCUCUGCCUCCUUGUAAAGAGGACACACACACACUGAUUUGGGGAUCUCCUCUGAGAAAUUCAGGGCCCUGUCUUUCUCUUUCCUCAGCUCAGGAUAGCCCGGUGGGUGUGAAAGAAGAAGCUGUAGUAUCAGAAGAUUUAUUAGAAAAUCCUCUCCCUGAUACAGAGGUACCACUGAUUAAAACUCAUUGAAGGCGGGUUGGGGGUUUAGCUCAGCAGCAUAAGCACCUGCCUUGCAAGCAGGCGGUCAUGAGUUCGAUCCCCAGUACUGUCCAAAAAAAAAAAAACUCAUUGAAGGAAAUAGGCUUCUUUCCACAGUGGUCCUUUUUAAAAAUGUAGAAAAAGCAGUGCUCUCGUUCUGCCCCUCAGCAUCUUGAGGCAACCCAUGGUUACCCAUUUCAUAGAUGGGGAAUUGAGGCAGCAAGGUACUGUUGCACUAAUGGUUAUACAGUGCAGUGGUCAAUAGGCUUCUCUGCGUGGUCCUGGUAGAAGGUAAUAGAAGCUGAUAGGACUUUGGGGGAAGAAGGGACAGACUUGAGCCUAGGGAGCAAGCCUUUGGUAUUUCCCUAACCCCUAGGUGGGGAAAGGGAACAGGGCAGGACCAGCACAGUGGGGAAGGUGGGCAGGUCUAGUAGGGGGAAGCCUUUGGGAGAGGCAGAGACUUCUCAGCCAGCUUGGAAGGAGGGCUGAGGAAAGGCCGGUGUUGAAGGGAGCAAAUCCCAAGCCAGAAUUAGUCAGAAACCUCGCUGUAGUAAUACUUGUGGGCAGCAGGGGUGGUCUUCCAGCCAGCAGCCCGGAACUCAAUAAUCUCUAGCAGCAGCAGCUUGGCCAGGGAGCUGAGGCUUAUUGGGAGCAGGAAGCCAUCCCGGAUCAGGACAAAGAGCUCAUCCAUGCGCUGUCCAUUCAUCUUCUCCAGCUGUUCCCCAACCCGGUGCAGCUGCAGCACCAAGCAGUCUACCUACAGGGGUAACGGGGAACCCUGGGUCACCCCAGGCAAGGCCAUCCCAUCGCCUAGCACACAACAAUGAUGAGUGCUUGCACUUAGGCUCGUUUUAUCCUCACCAUCUGGUCACUUGCAUCUUACAUAAAAGGACACAAGUUCAGGGACUUGCCUAGAACAUCUGACUGGGCCUGGUCACACUACUCCUUGACCCCACAUGUCUGGCUCCCCAUCACUGUCUGACAUAGGUUUGGUUUCUAGGCCAUCUGCCCCAUUACUGGCCAUAGCUCUCGCCAUUCUUAGCAUCGUUUGCCUUUCCUACUAGAAAAGAAGCCUGCUGUCUGUUCUAAAUAAAAACCUGCCUCUGCA